GCUCGCGGGAGGAAGGAAGCAGGGGUUCCUCGCCGCCUAAGGCGUGACUUUCCGAAGAUGCCUUUGCUGAUUAAUGGAAAGCGGAUCGACGUGUCCCAGCUCUCGAGAGAGCAGCUUUAUUCCUACCCGGAGUUGAAGGAAAGUGCAAAGCUACUAAGGAGCCAGCCCGCUCAAACAGUGGGACCCCGAGGCCUUUUGUAUGUCCAGCAGAGAGAGUUUGCAGCAACCACUCCUAAAGACGGAUCCGACGACGCAACUACCUGCCACUUGGUAGUGCUCAGACACACAGGGAGUGGGGCCACCUGUCUGACUCACUGUGAUGGGUCAGAUACAGACAAAGAAGUCGUAUCGAUUACCAAUGCAGUCAGAGUGCUCUCUCCUAGUACAGAAUAUGGAAGGUUGGAAUUGCAUCUAGUUGGUGGCUUCAGUGAUGAUCGACACUUAUCCCAAAAACUAACCAAUCAACUUCUUC